AUGGCACUACUGGUACUUCAGAAAUUAGGCAAAGCUGAUGAAACAAAGGAUGAACAGUUUGAAGAAUAUGUUCAAAAUUUCAAACGGCAAGAGGCAGAAGGUUCCAGACUCCAAAAAGAAUUCAGAGGAUAUUUAGCUGCAAUCAAAGGCAUGCAAGAUGCAUCAAAGAAACUUACAGAGUCUCUACAUGAAGUAUAUGAGCCUGAUUGGUACGGCCGGGAAGAUGUAAAAAUGGUCGGAGAGAAAUGUGAUGUGCUUUGGGAAGAUUUCCAUCAAAAGCUGGUAGAUGGAUCACUAUUGACUUUGGAUACAUAUCUGGGGCAGUUUCCUGAUAUAAAGAAUCGUAUUGCAAAGCGGAGCAGAAAACUAGUGGACUAUGACAGUGCGAGGCAUCACUUAGAAGCUUUGCAGGGUUCAAAAAGAAAAGAUGAAGGUAGAAUUUCUAAGGCAGAAGAAGAGUUUCAGAAAGCACAGAAAGUAUUUGAAGAUUUUAACAUUGAUUUGCAAGAAGAGCUGCCAUCUUUAUGGUCAAGGCGAGUUGGCUUUUAUGUGAACACUUUCAAAAAUGUCUCUAGCCUUGAAGCCAAAUUUCACAAAGAAAUAGCUUUGCUAUGCCACAAACUUUAUGAGGUAAUGACAAAGCUCGGGGAACAGCACGCUGACAAAGCCUUCACCAUUCUUGGAGCACCCAGUGACUCAGGUCCACUCCGCAUUGCAAAAACUCCAUCACCACCUGAAGAGGCCUCACCUCCACUUAGUCCUGAAGGUAGUCCAAAUCAUACAUUGGCAGCACCACCUUCUCCAGCACCAGCACGACCUAAAUCCCCUUCACAGCUGAGGAAAGGACCUCCUGUCCCACCAUUGCCGAAACUCACACCAACGAAAGACCUGCAGCAGGAGAAUAUCAUCAGCUUGUUUGAUGACAACUUUGUUCCAGAAAUAAAUGUGACAACUCCUUCACAGAAUGAAAUUCUCGAACCUAAAAAAGAAGAGUCAUUGUUGGAUCUGGACUUUGAUCCUUUCAAACCUGAUGCUGCAGCUACUGUGCCAGCCCAUUCACCAAUGUCUCAGACGCUACCCUGGGACUUAUGGACGACAAGCAGUGAACUUGUGCAGCCGCCUGAUUCUUCAAAAAGUCUUUCCCUGUGUAACCUGGUCAUGGAGGAAAACCCAAACAGUGGGUCAACAGAAGAUGUUAACAAAGCCCAAACUGAUCUAGGUUCUCUCAACUUGGGCCUAGAUGGUAGUGCAGCCAGUGAGAGCCAGGAAAAAGCUGCAGGUGGUGGUCCUUUGCCUUUCCCUGAGGCAGAGCAAACCUCAACAGAAUCGUCUGGUGCACUGACUACUACUACUUGGCCUGCAGUAGGCCAGCAAGAAGAAGGUGCAACUUGGACAGUCUCUAUAGAUGGAAAUGAAAACACUUUCCCAGAACCAUACCUGGACUCUAGCCACAUUAUGGACAGUGGCACAGAUUUGGUGGAAGCUAACGAACUUGUAGUUGGUGAAACUUUGGCUGAAAGCCCUGAAAUGAAAACUGAUAGCUUUUUCGAUGGAGACCCAUUUAGUAUGGAAGAGACAGAAGAAGAGAAACAGGAAACGGAAGAGUCUUUGUGGGCAAAUGUGGAGCCGUGUGAAAAGGUAGAAAUCAGAGAUGUUAAGUGCAAGGACCUAGACUGCACAGAAAAGUUUCCACAGAGAGAUUGUGACAAUAAAAGCUACAGUGAAGUAGAUCAUCAUGAGGCCUUAGCAAAGACAGACCAUGAAACCCUGAAAAUCAUUGAGGCAGAAGUUCUUAGUGAGUCAGAAUAUGACAAUAGGCAACCAGAGACUGCUGGCAAUUGCCUUCAGGAAGUUGGCCCAGAAUUUAAUGAGGUUCCUGUGAUGCAGCAGGAAAGUAAAAGAGAUGUUGAGGAUGUAGUGAAUAUAGGGUUGGGGUAUGAGGUGAGUGACAGUACAGCUAUUGAAUAUAGCAGAUUUGAAACAGAGAAAGGUUUAGGUUUCUGGAAUCAGGAUCAUGGAACAGUAGAUGUGGGUGACUUGCCCACUGCUAGAAAUGUGUGCAUAAAUUUGGCUCAGGAAAAUGAAAUGGCAAAUCUUACAGGAUUGGCUAACCUAGAGAUCAGAGACAAAACAACUGGAGAGGCUGAAAAUCCUGUAUGUUGUGAGGAGAUGCGUGGUACAGAAGAGCCUGAUAAAGCGAGUGAAGAUCAUAGUCACACCAUCUCUGAAAGCAGCAAUUUUGCUGAUGAAUGCCAAGCUACCUUUAUACCCUUUGAAAAUGAUAUGGUUCUGCAGCCUAGUUCAGACCCAGCUAAUGCAAAUCUCAAUCAUUCUUGGCUAGGUAAUGUGGAAGAUAUAUCUGUAGAUGAGGAAGCAUUUUCUAUGACUGAAGAACUUGACAAUAACUUUAGUUUCCCUGAAACAAUGGAAAUGGAUCCUUGGCAAACCAACUGGGAUCCAACAGUUAAUAAUGAUUCCUGGGGGUUUUCUAGUCAAGUAAAUGGAAGUGAUAACUGGCCCUUUCCUCCCACAAAAGGUUCUGUGGAUGGAAACAUGGAGAACCCCUGGCCAGAUUUUAAUGAGAAAUGGUCUACGGAAGAUUUGGGAGGUUUAGAUAACAGCUGGAGAUCUGUGGGUAUAACACCAAGCCAUCAGAAUCAGGAAAUGCCUUUAAGGCAAGGAUCAUCUGGGGAGCAGGCAAAUAUUAGCAGCUUUGGACCAAACAAGGAGAUAGGUAGACCGCUGGUGCUCUUCAAAAUGGGAAAUUCCAGAAAUGCUAGCACCGAGAGCUCCACUAGCCCCAAAGACAAUGAGACCAACAGCUCAGAUUUAUCUGAAGAUGAAAUUGCUAACCGGAGAUAUGGAUUGUUGUACCAGGAAAUAGAGGCUGAUAAAGAAGAGGUACCUACCCCAGUGUGUAGAAUAGCACCUAGCAGUGCUUUUAAUGGAUUCACACAGGAUACUUCCCUAUUCUCAAUGCAAUCAAGCCAGAAUGUGAUGGAUAACAUGGCUGAGGCAGAAGAGGCUCCAUCUUUAGAGCUCCAAGCAGAGGAAGUUCCGAGGGCACCCGAUGUGGCUGAUGUUGCUGCUGAGCCAGAAGCACAGCCUGCAGAGGCUGCUGGUGAGCCAGUAGCUGAAACUGUGGAUGCUGAAGAGGCAGAGAUAAAGGAGACACCAGAACAUGUUGAGAAAGAAUGUGAGUUGCAGAUGGAUUCUGUGGUCGAAAGUGCUGCUGAAGCAGAGGCCGUUGAUGUCACUCCUGUUAUGGAAGGUGGUGACGUGCCUGUUGCCCCAACAGUUGUUCAGGAAAGUGACAUACCUCUCACUGAAGAAAAAGCAGAAGCAUCUCAGGAAAACCUCAGCAACAUCCCUGCAGUAGUCAUAGAGCCUGCAUCAAACAAUGAAGGGGAUGGAGAAGAUCAUGAGGUUCUAGUAAAUGAAUCUAAAGACACAGUAGAGGAUCUUGGCACUCAGGGCACUGAAGGCUUAGCUGGUGAAACAUCAGAGACUGCGAGUGAGCCAAAAAUCAGCAAAGAUGUCCAGCCUGCAUCUUCUGAGGAACAGCCUGUAUCAGCAGAAGAUGACAUGCCACCUGGCUUCCUCUAUAAGGUUGAAGCUCUUCAUGAUUUUGAAGCAGCCAAUAGUGAUGAGUUGAAUUUGCGGAGGGGAGAUAUUGUAUUAGUAGUUCCAUCUGUUGCAGCUGCUGAUCAGGAAGCAGGCUGGUUAACAGGCAUCAGGGAAUGUGACUGGCUUCAGUGCAGAGAUGCAGCUACCUGUAAAGGACUCUUUCCUGAGAACUUCACCUGUCGCCGGGAAUAAUUUAUCAGAUCAAGAAGCUAAAACAUAUUGUAGGCAGCUCUGUUCCUACAUUCUGUACCUCUCCAAUGUGCGGGAGUCCACCUUUACAGUCAAGCCAUCAUGGUUUACAGACUGAUACCAGACAAAAACAUGGAUGGCACAUAUCAAAUGAGCAUGAUUGCAAGAAAUUAAAAGCUAGCAUAUUCUGAAGCAGUACGUGGAAAAAAAAUGUCCAUAUUUGUUCACAUAUACGUGACAACAGAUUUGUUUGUACUUUGUCAAAGCUAUGGUGAUCCUGUAACCUGAUACUUUCCCAUGCAAAUCUGAGUAGCCCCUGCAGUACCAGAACCUUAACUUCUCUGCACUACGUGUAUUGUAUUGAGUUGCUGCACUGCAGAAGACUUGAUUUAAUAAUCCUGUAGUACUAAGGUCAAACUAUUCUAAUUUCAAUGUGUUAAAUACCUUCUGCAAUGUUUUUCAGUGUUCCUUUCAAAUAUACAUAAGUAUACACACACACACAAAUGCACAUGUGUUGUGUGUAUAUAUGUGGCACAAGAAUCAUAGGGAGCCAACCAGCCGCUUAUGUGCUACAGAUGACAUGCAGAGAUGGGCAAAACUGGACAGUUCAUUAGCCUGUCUAGAGCAGUCAGGGCUACAAUUCUGCUCAUUACUCAUUUUAAUAGAUUAGAAAGGAAACCCCAUCCAGGGGUGUGAGAUUACUUGCAUGUUGUUAACAUGCACGAAAGUGGUACUCUCGCACUUUGGCCUUGAUUUGUGGCACAUUUGCCAAAAGGUUGCUCACCUCUGAUUAUCUGCAUUAGCACACAUAUCUUACCCAUUCAUUGUAGUUCCUUGAUGUAGUAUUGUUCAUACUGGCAUUUGCUCUUAUUGUCUGACAUUAAAGAAUUCUGUUCCAAGUGGAAACUAGCUGCUCCAUUGCCAAACCAUCAGUAAAAUCUGAACUUCUAAUGCAAUAUUAUCAUUUCAAGACAGUUAUCAAAAUUACAUUGAAAGCUGCUAAAACACGAGGGAAGGCAUGGCUAAGUCGCCUCUAUAUUCCCAACUGCUAUAGCUAGGGAUAAUUCUGAUAAUGGGGGUUAUAAAACCAAUUUUAUCUUAUUUAUGAACUUAACUGGAAGGAUAAGUAAAAUUCUAUUCUAAGGAAAAAUAAACACUAUAUUUUCACUAUAUGUACUUAUGCAGCGCACCUUCAACAAUCCCUUGAAAAGUAAAUAUGAUGUAUCCUGUAUCAAGAAAUCAUCUGUAACUAUUAUGUUUUUCAGUGUUGUGUCAUUCCAAAUAAAUCUUUGAUCAGCUC